AGAUGGUUAGUUAGUUAACUAGCUAGUAGUAAGUACAUGUUUUGCUUUAACAAUCAAGCUAGGUUCCUUUUCAGAUCAGCUGAUCCCCACAUUGAAGGACCAAAACAGCUAACGCUAGCUUGACGUAGCCUCUGGCAAAUGUUAUAAAAGGCAUGGUGAUUUAGGAUUUAAUACUGUGUGAUAAGAUCCUGGCAUUGAUAAGGAAUUGAGAGCAUAUGGCCACCAACCAGAUUGAAAGCUUCUACUGAAGACUAUGUCUUAUCUCUGAGAAUGGGUGGGAGUGGAUCCAAAGCCAAAGGUGUCUGGCCUUUCUCAGGCAGCGGAGCUGCUGGAGGGGAAUCAGCCAGUGAUGGGAACGAUCAGUCGGUGGCUCGUCUCAAAGGUUCCAGAAAUGCAACACCGUUUGUUUUUACCAGGAGAAGUUCCUUGUACUAUGACGAGGAUGGUGACCUUGCCCAUGAAUUCUAUGAAGAGACGGUUGUGACAAAAAAUGGCAGAAAAAAGUCCAAGUUGAAGAGGAUCCAGAAAAAUCUAAUUCCACAGGGAGUUGUGAAGCUUGACCACCCCUGUAUACAUGUAGAUUUCCCCAUCGUCCUCUGUGAGGUGUGAAAAGUUGGAUAGGACUGAUCUACUGUGAAGUGCAGCCACAGGUACUCUUUUCCGAAGCCAAGACUGGAGCUGUGUUCUGGAGCGAAAAAGGAAAUUUCAAACUGUCACAUUAAACCGAUAUAUUGAAUAAAAUGUUAUACAUUUGAAUUCAACUAUGGUCAGAUGGUGCCCUGUUCACAAAAAUCUGUAUUUUGGAUAUUCACAAAAGUAGUGUUUGUACAGGUUGUGUGUCCACUACCCAGCUGAUAUGUAAGCAGUCUUAGAGAAUACAUCAAAUUAAGUUGUAUUUCUCUGUGAGUUUUUUGCAGGGAAAUACAUGUUUGAUGUGAAAAGGCUUUAAAGGUUUAUGCCUUUUUUUGAAACGUAGAGUGAAAAUGUAUGUGUCUUUGUAUAUGUACGUGGGUGCACUUAGGUUUGAUUGAGUGGAUGUGUAUAAGAGAGGGACUGAAGAUGUAGUUACAGGGUAGAAUAAUGAAGGAUUGUGAAAUUAUUGUAUAUAUUGGUCAUGUUCUGUAUUGUCACGUCUGAGUCUGUCUCAGUUUCUGGAGCUCAGACCUGCACUAGUGAACAUACUGUACUGUAAAUAAUAUCAGAUUUAUUAGAUGGAAAUACUUGAAUAAAUGAUUUACUGAGCUGAA